GCGCAGACUGCUGGCCGUCAGCGAUGGGGAGGACGUCAUCUGGUUAGAACAUGUAGCCUCGUUAGCUCAAACGCCGCUUUAGCGUCCAUAUUUUGUAACAUUUCACUUUUCUAACAUUUAUUUUUUUUUUUGCGACCGACACUGCACAAAAGUGUGGGCUGGUGUCAAAUAUGUAUGAAAACCCUUAUAACGGGAGCUGCAAUUUGUUCAGGGAGCAGUUAAAAGUUAGCGCGUGAAAACAGCCGCAUUAGGUAGCCUGUUAGCUUAGUCUAGCUAACCAACAGCUAGCCCUGCUGCGCUAGCGGUUAGCGACCGUAUCCACCGUGAGCAGCAACACUAAUUAGAUGUUCAGAGAGCGGCUUUGCUGUGAGAAAGUCAAGUUAUCGUCUGCUUGGUACGUGUGAAGGGAUACUUCCAUCCUGAGAUAACCCGGUGGUGAGAGUCAUGGGGGCGUUCCUAGACAAGCCCAAGACGGAGAAGCACAAUGCACAUGGUGAGGGCAAUGGCCUGCGCUAUGGCCUGAGCAGCAUGCAAGGAUGGCGUGUGGAAAUGGAGGAUGCACAUACAGCCACUGUGGGCUUACCACAUGGCCUUGACGACUGGUCCUUUUUUGCUGUAUAUGAUGGCCAUGCAGGCUCACGUGUGGCCAACUACUGCUCCAAGCAUCUGUUAGAGCACAUCGUGGCAUCAGCGCCAGCCGGAGAACUAGCCCGCAGUGUGGAGGCGGUGAAGAGCGGCGUGCGUGCUGGUUUCCUGCGCAUUGACGAGCACAUGCGCGGCUUUGCCGACCCGCGCAAUGGCCUUGAUCGCAGCGGCUCCACAGCUGUGGCUGUACUGCUUUCACCUGAGCAUAUGUACUUCAUCAAUUGUGGUGACUCACGUGCUCUGCUUUGUCGUGAUGCGCGUGUUCGCUUUUCCACGCUCGACCAUAAGCCAUGUGACCCACGUGAGAAGGAGCGCAUCCAGAAUGCCGGUGGGUCUGUCAUGAUCCAGCGCGUGAAUGGCUCUCUGGCCGUGUCGCGUGCUUUGGGCGACUAUGACUACAAGUGCGUGGAGGGCAAGGGCCCCACCGAGCAGCUGGUUUCCCCUGAGCCGGAGGUAUUUGAGAUUUCCCGCGUGCCAGAAGAGGACGAGUUUGUGGUGCUGGCCUGUGAUGGAAUAUGGGACGUGAUGAGUAAUGAGGAGCUGUGUGCCUUUGUGCGUGCCAGGCUGGAGGUGUCUGAUGACUUGGAAAAAGUGUGCAAUGAGGUGGUGGACACGUGCCUGCACAAGGGAAGUCGAGAUAAUAUGAGUGUUGUGUUAGUGUGUUUGCCAAAUGCACCCAAAGUAUCAGAAGAGGCAGUGAAGAGAGACGCCGAGUUGGAUAAGUUCCUUGAAACACGUGUGGAAGAACUCAUCGAAAAAGCAGGGGAAGAGGGAAUUCCUGAUCUGGUGCAUAUCAUGAGAAACCUUGCCACAGAGAAUAUCCCUAACCUCCCACCAGGGGGAGGCCUCGCCAGCAAGCACAGUGUUAUCGAGGCUGUGUAUAACCGACUCAAUCCCCAAAGAGAAGAUGAUGGGAAUGGUGCAGACCUGGAGGACCCCUGGUAGCUGCCCACCAUGAGGGCCUAUGGCCUUACAGGAUUCCUCUGUUCACGAGACACCCGUCAUAUUUUUGUUCCCCCUUUUUUUUUUAAAAUGAAAUUUACAUUAAUUUGGGUCAUCAGUAAUAAUUUGAAGUACAAUGGCAAACCGUCUGCCAAACAGGAUUACAAACUACUUUUUUUUUCUUUUUUUUUUUGCAAAAACAUGAGGGAAAGAGAAGAACUUUAGCUUUAGAAAGUACAUAUCAAACCGUAAAGACAGUUUUUGUGCCCCCACCCCCCACCCCUUUUGUGGUUGUUGGUGUUCUUGUUGAAACUUUGCUUUGGAGCAGUGCACGCCCAUAAGCGUUGUGGUGCCUUUUUCUAAGCGGCUACGGAUGGGGAACUUGGGCUAUUGGCUGUUUCAUAGCUUUCACCCUCCCCGAGCACAAUAGAGCAGCCAGGCAACUCGAGACCACUGCUACACUCUCGAACCUGGGGGAUAUGGACCAUCAUUGGCUUUAAUCAGGAUUUCCUUGACUGACUAUUGCAUGUGGAACAUGUGUGGAGGACUUGCUACGUUACUACAUAACCUGUGUGGAAAAGUUUGAAGCCUGACAGCUUUUUUGCACCUUUUACACCCCACCCACAUGUGCUCUGACAGAUGCUAAAGGAGAGGAACUGCAUCAAUAUUGCUUCAGUUUAUCACUUAUUUGGUUGUUAUAAGCUUUUAAAUACUGUUUCAGAGAAAAUAUAUAUAUAU